AUGGAAAUUAAGAACAACAAAAGGAAUAGAAUACACAAUGAAGACAUUAAAUUAAAUAACAAAUUACGACCGAAUAAUAAUCAUAAAUAUGAUAAUUUAAAAAAAAAUAUUCUUUACAACGAAUCAAAUGAUAAAAAAAAUACGGAUAGUAAUUCCAAUGUUCUAAGUAAUACAUAUGAUAAUAUCUAUGAUGAAAUUUCUUCCAAUUAUGAAGAUAGUGUAUAUAAAUCGAAUGAUGAUUUAACAGAAUUCUAUUUAUACAAAGAAAUUAACAAUCAUAAGUAUAACAAUAAUUUAUAUGAUUUUUAUUUGAGCAAAUUUAAUAGUAACCUGGAGGAGAAAAACAAGUUCAACGAAUCCAAUGUGAGCUUUAUUAAUAAUUAUUCAGGUGUAAAAAAUAAUCCAAAUUGUAAAGUUCAAGAUAAUGGAGAAAGGGAUGAAAAUGAAAGAAAUCAAAAUUUAAAUGAAAACAAUAGGGAACAGAAGGACCGAAUGAGGGAGGAUUGCCAAGAUGAGGGAUCUAAUAACUACGACUGUAAAGAUGAACUUGUAGACUUAUAUGAUAAAGAAAAUAAUAAAAAAAAAACUGAAUUGAGAAAAAAAUAUAGUGAUAUUACGUUUGAUUCGUCAGAAGAGAUAAUAAAUGGUAGAACAAAAAGCGAACAUGUAACAAAAAAGGCAGAAAAAAUAAAAAGAAAAAAGGUAGAAGAAAAUGAUGAGAAAGAAAAUGUAUAUAAUAUAUAUUUCAACACCUUGAUAAAAAAAUUUGAUUACACCAUUUCCUGUUAUAUGUUUAAGAAAACAAAUGCUACACAUAUAUACAGAAAAAAAAUCUUAGUUUUAAAAAAACAUUUUUUAAUUAUAAAUAAAUUUAAACAGAAUAUAAAUAAUAUUUAUAAAGUUAUGCACCCAGAUGUGUAUGACAUAUCACAUUCUAGAUAUGGAAAUAUUUACAAAAGUUCAAAUAAUAUUUAUAAAUUUAGUAUAUAUGCCAAAAGGCUAAGUAAAGAUGACGCUAGUUCUGGUUCUGAUAAUAGUAAUUUUUUUUCUUUAAAAAAAAAAAAGAAGAAAAAAAAAAAUAAUUAUAAAAUAUCAAAUGAUGGAUAUCAUUUCAACAAUGAACAUAUUCGUUUAGCAAAUCAAAAUGUCAAUGUUAUUAUCGAGUUAAUAAACUUAAUGAAAAUUAUUUCUACAUAUGGUUCUAUAAAAAAGUACAUGAAAAUACUUUUUUUUAAAUACAAAAAAAAUGUAUUUUUAAAGAAUUAUGAAUUACACUAUUCUUCUCCAAAAUAUUUUAAUGUGCUGAAGAAAUUCUACAAAUCCAUUUAUGCCAAUACUUAUAAUUAUAUAUAUGUAAAUAUAUUAAAAAUUAAAAAUAUAGAACAAAUGAAGUAUAACUAUAUAUAUGCCAUAAUCGAUGUGGAUAAUUUUUUAUAUUACUACAAAUAUGAAUAUAAUAGAGAUAUGUUUAUACCUCUAUACACGGACAGACAAAAUAAGGUUAUAUUUUAUUUUUAUACAGACAUGGAUUUAUACCUAGGAUAUAUUAUAUUACAAAAUUAUGAAAUUGAGAAACAUAUUGAUUUUGAUUUAUACAAAAAUGUCGAACUCAAUAGCACACAGAUUAAGACUGAUUUCUUUUUAACAAAAAACAACAAAUGUAGAAAUACAUCUAUGUAUAGUUCUACUUCAUCUAACAAAACGGAGAAAUUAUUCAGCUCUUUCUGUAAUAAAACUAGUGAUGAAAUUCCUAAUGAUAUUUCUUUAUUAAAUCAAAAAAAUAUAUUUUUUGAUAAGAACUAUUUUUUUGUAAGAAAAUUAUAUAACGAUCAAAAAAAAAAUAUCCAGAAAAGUAGUAGAUAUGAACCUGAUUCGAAUGAUGAUAAUUUAUAUGUUCAUAUAUUUAUAUAUAAAAGUAAAAACAGAUUUGAAUACCUACUACCAUCUCAUAAUACGACCAAUGCGUUAUGUAAUGAUGAGAAUUUAUCCAUGACCUACAACAAUUUUAAUAAUAAUUACCAAUUAAUCAAUUUGUUUUUAAAUAAUGUAAAAAGGACAAUGCAAAUAAAAAAUAGAUUUAAUUAUAUUUUUGAUAAAAUAAAUAGUAUAUUCGAAUUUAAGAGUUUUCUAAUUUCAAUCAUUUCAAUUAUUUAUAUUUUUUUUUGUUCCUACUAUAAGAAUUAUAUACAUAUCAUAAUAUUGCUAACCGUUGGAUUUAUGACAUACAUAAAUAAUGAGAAGAAUUAUGAUUUUUAUAAAAACGUUUUAUAUGAUUUUCCUAUAUUUUAUUUAUUCUUUCCUCAUAAAAUUUUGUGUAAAAUAUCCAAAAAAUCGAACUUGUAUCAUUUACACACCUUUGUACAUAUUUUUAUACUAAACAGAUUUCCGUGCUUUUUUCAAUAUCUGUACAAAUAUUACAAAUCUAAGUGUAUAUACUUUUUUGCAUACACUCCUACAUAUAUUGGGAAGUAUUGCAACAAUAAUUUUUUAAGUAAAAGAAGUAAUGAAAAUAGCAGAAGUAGAUUAUCAUUAGGAAAACUCUCUAAGAUGAAAGGAAGUAAUAGAAAGGGACUUGACAAUGUAUGCGACAAAAGUGUUGCAAAAAAAAGCACCAAGGGAAAGGAUCGACAGACAAUGAUGGAUCAAUUACAUACGCGUACUAAUGUUAGUAACACAGUAGAGCACAGCAGAAUUUGUAACACAAACAAAAUCUGUGAUAUGCUUAGUAACAGUGAUUCAGUAAACAUUUCACCCAAUACAUGUAAAGAUUCCCUUCUUGACACAAGGAAGAUAAAUUUGAAGAAGAAAAAAAUAGAUUCUAAUUAUAAGGAAAUCAAUUUAACCAGCAGAAAUGUCUUUGAUGAGAGUAACCACUGUGAUAAUGGAAAUGGAAAAUAUGAGUUUGUGAGUGUAUGUUGCAAAACAGAAGGGCCAUAUGUUGAAGAUUUACCAUAUCGAGAAAAUGAGGUAAAGAAUGAGAAAAAUCCAAAAAUGGAUAAAAAUGUCGAAGUCACUGAAGAGGAUAUAUAUUCUGAACGCAUCCCAAAUUGUCAGAGUAUCCAACAGAUUGAUGAACCUGAAAAGAACGAAAACAAGAACGACAAAAUUUUGAAGAAUCUUCGAAAGUAUUUUAAAAACAAAAGUUCUAUCUACGGGGAAACGAACAACAAAGAAGUAGGAAAUAACAACGGAAGUAAUAGAUACAGAGAUUGGAAUAACACACUUUUGGAAGGAAAUAGUUAUUCUAAAGGUCCCCAAAUCAUUAGCAAUAACAACGAGGGAAUUAACGAAGACAAUAAUUUGUACAACAAAAUAUUAAAGCAUAGCAAAAUUUACCAUGUGAUUAAUAAUAAUAAACAAAAGCUAAUGGAUUAUUACAGUGUAGUAGGGGCGGGAUAUCAGAAAUUUAGAAGCUCAGAUGAUAUAACUUAUUUUAAUAUGAAUAAUAAAAAGGAUAAAUUAAAUACAUGUACAUUAAAAAAUAACCCUUCUGAUAUUAACCCUGUGCUUGCAGGACAUAUAAAAAAGGGAGAAAGACAAAUUUUUAGUGAUAAUGAAGAUAACAAAAAAAAAAAAAAAAUAUAUAAUGGGAAUUCAUGUAUUCGUAAUACCUUGUCACAUACAGAAGGAAAAAAUCAUUUUGACAAAAACAGUUCUUAUAUGUAUAAAUAUAAUUACAAUCAUUACGAAAAAGUUGAAAAUUAUUCAGCAAAUUUGAGUAUCAACGAAAUUAUGUUAUUAGAUUUAGAAAUUAAAAUUAUGAAUCAUAUGAAAAAUAACUAUUACGAUUCAGCAGUAAAGGAACAGAUUAGGAGGGUUCAGGAUGAUGUAAAAAAUGGGAAUAAUAUGGUUCAUAGGGAAAAUUGUACCAAUAAAGAGUUUUGCUUUGAAAUAAAUAAUGAAAAAUAUUGGUUUGAUUUAAGUUUGUACGAAAAUGGUAGAUACUCUCAUUUUCAGAAGCUUCGUGAAAAUUUAGAAAGAAGCAACGUAAACCUAUAUCAGUAUGACUAUUUUCUCCCAGCUAAUCAUCAUACUGUCAUUCAGCAUUCGAUUUAUCCCAUGAACGAACAGUAUUUUGUAGAUAAAAAUACAAAAACGAACAAUAGAAAAGGUACUCAAGGACUUUACACAAAUAAUGACAGUGAUACAAGGAACAGUAUCAGUAAGGAAAGUGUCUUAUGCAGCAUUAUUGAAUAUUUCCCAAGUUAUUUUUACAAUAAAGUAGAAAUUAUAUACAUUAAUUUAAUAUUAAUUUUUAUGUAUUUUUAUUGCCUUUUUAUAAUUACCGUACAUGGGGGAUUAAACAAUGAUUUCCCCUUAUUUUUUUAUUUUUUAAAUAAAAACAAAAAGAAAGGAAAAAGGGGUUCAAAACAUAGGGAAGAAAAAAGAGAAAAUUCUGAAAAGAAUGAAGAAUUAAAUAAAGUGGAAAUAAAAAAAAAAUGUGAAGACAAAACGUACACAUCCAAUCUGUUAUUUAAAUCAAAGCGUAUAUUCAAGAAUUGGAAACAGAAAAGAAAGUUGAAUAAAAAUAAUAUUAAAAUUGAUUUAAGCAAACAUCUGUCAUCAGAUGCUUCUGAUGAUUUAAAGAAUGAGAACCUGUCUGACCAAAAUAAGGAUUCAUUAUUGUGCAAAAGUAGAAAAAAUGAAGAAUAUAAAGUAAUAACGAAUAAGAACAUUUCUGGAAUAAAGCAAGUGUUGACCACUGAUCUGGGCCAAGAUUACUACAGAAUGCAUUUGAUGAAUUGCAGAAAUUCGAAAGAAUUUAAUUUAAUGAAUAAAAGGGAAAACCAUCUUAUAAAUACAUUAAAUCCAAAUUCUCAGCAAAAAUUGAAAAAAAGAAAUACUCCACUGAUUAGCGGAAGUUACAAUGAUCAGCAGCAGUGUGUCCAAAUAUUAGGUAGUAAUAUUGAGGAAGAAAUUCAAGUGAAAAAGGACAAUGAAGAGGGUGUUAUACGCAACAAUUUCCAUCAAUUCGAGGUUAAAAAUGGAUUUAACUGGGAAAAUAAUGCAUGUUCUCUUCUUCGAAGAAGACACAAUAGUGUUAACAUAAACAAGGGGAAUACAAACAAUAAUGAAGAAAAUAAUUCAAGUAUAGAAAACCCACAGCACUAUUACAAGAAUCAUAACGAAUGGUUUAUGCCCUUCGAGAAAAGACCCUUUGAGGAAAUGGAAAUUGUCACACAGGAAGACGAUCCCCAAUUGAUGAAAAAUAAAUUGUUUGUACCUAACAAAAUUAUGAAGUGUAAACCUUUUUCAAUGAACGAAUUAAAAGAUCAUUGUAAAAAUAAAUUAAGAGAAUAUAAUAUUAUCUCUCAGGAGAAUUAUUCAAUAUAUAAAGAUCAACGUGAUUUAUCCUUUGAGAAAAGAGAAAAUAUAAAUAUAGUUGGAGAAUCCAAAAAAAAAGCCAUGAAUAUGUUUUUUGGAAAAUUAAAAGAUAUAAAAGAAGAGAAACUUAGCCAAAUUAAAAAUAUGUACAAAUUUGAAAAAAAUAAUAAUCGUAUUAAGAAAGGAUUUGAUAUAAUUAAAAACAAAAUUAAUAGUGAAACUGGGAAGGAUAGUUUCAGGAUCAAUAAGACUAAUCUAUGGAGUGAUAUAAAGAAUAGGAAAAAAAAGAAAUAUUCACGAAAUAGUGAAAACGAAAUUGAUAUUUAUAAACAUACAGAAACAUUCGAUUUUCAAAAUUCGCUUCCACCAGCAUUUAACACAGACAGAGAAAUAUACAAAAUGGAUAAUUCAUUACAGGAAAAGGUUCAAUCUGGUAUAACCAAGGAAGAAAUUUGUAUGAGUAAUUCCUUUUAUGUAAAAAACCAUCCGAAUAAUAAGCAUAACAUAGAGUAUAGAAAUUCCCGAAUAAAAAAUAAUUUUUUGCACAAAAAUUUUAUUUCCAGCACAUAUACAUAUAAAGAAGGGAAACUCGAAAAAGAAAGAAAUGAAGAUUUCAUGGAUUUAAAAUGUAAUUCCAAUUUUAUGAAUUAUAAUAAGUAUGAUAUAGAAUAUAUCAAUUCUAGUAUGAAUGAUGAGGAAACAAAAAUAUUUGCAAAAAAUAAUAUACACAGAACAUCGUUUAACUCGAAACGUAAAGAAUUAAAAAAUAAAAUUAUUUCAUAUGUAAGAAGGAAAACAAAUAAGAAAAAGAAUGAAAGUUAUGAACUAACACCAAUGAUGUUGGUUGAGAAAGAGUUACUAAAUGACCAAAUAUACGUUGGUGAAGAAAACAAAUUGGUGAAUUUAAUAAAUUAUGAAGAAGAUUUUUGUUCUAAGAUAAAUAAUGAAACAGAUUCUAUAAAUCAAGAAAAAGAAAAGAACAUAUCUUUUAUAAAAAACAACGAUGAACUUGUAAGUUUAAAGGAGAACAAGGAAAAAAUUAGUGUAACCCCAAAUCUUAGUAAUAAACAUAAGAAUGUUGUAAAUUCAAAUACUUCAUUAUCCAUUUCGAAGAGAAUAAUUAAAAGAAAUCAAGAUUAUCUGAAGUUUUAUAGAAAUGGAUAUUUUAGCGAAUACGACAUACAUAGAAUUAUAAGGUGUAUGGAAAAAACGAAAUUUAUACAUUCAGGCAAGAUGUAUAAAAAUAUAAAAAAGGCUAAAAAAAAAAAAAAUGGGAAAAUGAAGAAUCAGUUUAAUAGCAAAAACAACUGGUUAUACCAACCAAAAAAUGAUAAUGGAAUUAUGCUUGAUGCAUUUAACGAGUCUUCAUUCACAUGUAUAAAGAAUGAGACAGAUAAUAUGCUAACUAUUGAACAAAUGAACGAAGUAACAAAUGGUACACAUAAUGACCUUUUUAGUAAAAAAAAAAAAAUUUUUUUUAGCAUGAAAAAAAAAUUUCUCAAAUUUAAAAAUAAAAAUAACUUUUUUAAAGAUAAAAUAAUAAAAAUGGUUAAUAAGAAAAUUAUCCAUUUUGAUAAUGAAUGUGACGACAAAGAAAUAUGUUUCAAUAAAAAUAAUUUAAUUGAUAUCCUUGAUGAACAGGAAAAAAGUGCAUCAUCUAUGUUUAAAAAAAAUAUGUUCUUUCGGAAUACGUUGGAAAUAAAUAAUUCUAAUAAUGCCCACAAUUCUGCAGGUGAAAAUAGUUAUGAUAACAAUUCGUUAGACAAUAAUAAAUCAGGAACGAUUAAAAAAAAAGAGAGAGAACGGAAUGAUAGCUAUUUUAAGGUUAUUCGAAGCAAAAUUAAUAUAUUAAAUUGUUCAAAUCGCACAUACGAAAUGAUAAAUGAGAAAAAAAAUACCACAGAUCAGCAAGUUUGUCCAAAUCAGAUUGAUAAGAAAGAUAAAACUAAUUCGCAUUUAUUUAAUGAACAAGAAAAUAUAAAUGUAAACACUUCUUCAACAUUAAAACAUUCGAGAAGUAGAGACAAGCGAUUAUGUAAUAAUAAUAAUAGUAAUAAAGGUAGUUAUGUUCACAACAAUGGUUCACAUAUGGACCUGCAUGAAAUGAACAAGUAUGUUAAUCAAAACAUUUUAAGAAAAAAAAAAGAAAGAGAAAAACACACAAUAACUAUGGUGAUAAAUGAUUAUAAUAAAUUUCUCCUAAAAAAAAAGAAUUAUUACAGUUGUCUGGAAAAAACAAACAUUUAUUUUAAGUUCUAUUACAAUUUUUUAAUAUUUGUAAUUAAUUAUUUUUUAAUUUUUACCAUAACGUAUAUAUAUAUGAACAAUAUAUAUAACCUGUUCCUAUGUUCCAAACAUUUGCAUUUCAAAGCUAAGAAAAAGGAAAGAAAGAAGCACACAGAUUUUAACAACAUUGUCCGAAUAAUAUAUCAUAAGAAUGUUUUUUCUACAAAUAACAAUUCUAUAAAUAUGAGUAAACAUAAAAAUAUGUACUUGAAAAAAAAUAUAUUCGCACAAAUAUUUGUUCAGAACAAAAGACAAGAUAUUAAGGCUAGUGAAAAACAAGAUAAAAAUGAGGAGGAUGUUUCAUCAGAUAGUGAACAAAUGAAAAAAACAAACAUUCGAAAUUACAAUUUUAAUCCUAGUAAAUAUCAUGAAGAAAUAAAGGAUAAAAGAAAUAUACUCAGUUUAUAUAAAAGUGCCAAAAGCAAUAUUAAACUCUUUAUGUCAAAGCAUAUGAUUCUUAAUCUUUAUUUGGAAAAAUUCCUAAAUCUUUUCAAUCAUAAAAAUUUUAACUUAACUAAGAUUGUUAUUUCACUUAUGGGAUAUUUCUCCAUUUUGUUGCUUCCAAUAAAAUUCCAUCAUUUGGUUAUCAUCAAAUUGUUGCACAUGUACUAUAAGGGAUUCUCGAGAAGAUAUUACAAAAAUAUUGUUCUGAACAGUAUAUUGGAAAAUAUAAAUAAUGUGAAAAUAAAUUUGAAGCUCUAUAAACCUAUUUGUUCAUUAAAUGAAGAAGAAUUUUGUGCGCUGAUUGAAGAAAUUAACAAAACAUGCAAUCAGAAUUUAAAUAUAUCACAAUUUAAGGAUAUUAAGGAUGAAUAUGACUUGGCAAAUAUCAUUAUGACAAAUUUAAACGAAUUUUCAGAGGUUAAAAAAAUAAUAAGACAGGAGUGGAACGUUAACUUGUUAAAUAAUUCACCAAAUGAUAAUACGAAUGUCGUUAAUGCUUGA